AUGUUUCCUAAGAACUAUACAAACUGUACAUGGACGCUGGAGAACCCAGACCCUACCAAAUACAGCAUCUACCUGAAGCUAUACAAGCGAGACUUGAGCUGCUCUGAAUAUUCUUUGCUUGCUUAUCAGUUCGAUCAUUACUCACACGAAAAGAUCAACGAAUUGCUGAAAGUCAACGAGUCUAUAGUGUACCUGUGCGAUUCAAAGAAUAUUUAUGUAUUUUUGCUGUAUGACAAGAAUUUCGUUCAACUACGGAGAGUUUUCCCUUAUGAUUAUAACGGAUUGACACCACAGAAGCUGGAUGAGGAAGAGAAGUCCAUUGUGGAGUUUUUGGUGUUGAACAAGGCGAGCCCCAGCCAGUUUGGGUGUCAAGUACUUUGUACGUGGCUGGAAAACUGCCUGAAAUUAGAGAAAGGGACAGUGGAGACAUGUGGGAUCGUGUACACAAAAUGCACCUGUCCUCAGCAUUUAGGCGAUGGAGAAUCAGAGAGUAUGCUCAUGCUCAACAACGUGGUUUUACCUUUAAAUCCACAAACGGAGGGUUGCUUGUCACCCCAACUACAAGCUGGGCAGAUCUGCAAUCUGAGUGCAGAGGUGAAACGGCCUCCUAAAGAAGGCAAUGUAAACUGCCCAGAAAGUCUGAAAGCUACAUUUCUUAGAUUAGUGCUUCAACCCAGGGCCCAGCUUGGCAGUGUCAUGGAGGUGACAGAAUAUGGAAUGAUCGGAGAGCAUACAGUAAAAAGUCAGCGGCCAAGAUCAGUUCAUGACACAAAGGCCCUGCAGGAGCAAGCUGAAUCUGCUAAAUUUAUGGCACAAACUGGUGAAUCAGGUGCAGAGGAGUGGUCCCAGUGGAGCUCAUGCUCUGUAACAUGCGGUCAAGGGUCGCAGGUGCGAACAAGAACAUGUGUCUCACCAUACGGAACACACUGCAGCGGCCCUUUAAGAGAAUCAAGGGUUUGCAAUAACACUGCCCCUUGUCCAGUACACGGUGUAUGGGAGGAGUGGUCACCGUGGAGCCUGUGCUCAUUCACAUGUGGCCGAGGUCACCGCACUAGGACUAGGAUGUGUGCCCCUCCCCAGCAUGGAGGCAGGGCCUGUGAUGGACCUGAGACCCAGACUAAGCUUUGCAACAUAGCCCUAUGCCCAGUGGACGGACAGUGGCAGGAGUGGAGCUCUUGGAGCGAUUGCUCGGUGACCUGUGCCAAUGGCACUCAGCAGAGGACCAGGCAGUGCUCAGCGGCUGCCCAUGGGGGAUCUGAGUGUCGCGGUCACUGGGCAGAAAGCAGAGAGUGCCAUAAUCCUGACUGCACAGCUAACGGCCAGUGGAAUCCUUGGGGUCCGUGGAGUGGCUGCUCGAAGUCCUGCGACGGCGGAUGGCAGAGGCGAGCCAGGGUGUGUCAGGGGGCAGCGGUGACUGGCCAGCAGUGUGACGGCACCGGAGAAGAAGUCAGAAAGUGCAGCGACCAGCGCUGUCCAGCACCGUAUGAGAUUUGUCCAGAGGACUAUGCAGUGUCAAUGGUGUGGAGAAGAACGCCUUCAGGAGAACUGGCCUUUAAUAGAUGCCCGCCCAAUGCCACAGGCACCACUAGUCGACGCUGCUCUUUGGAUCACCGUGGUAUGGCCUUCUGGGAGCAGCCCAGCUAUGCUCGAUGCAUAACAAAUGAAUUCAGAUACUUGCAGCAAUCAGGGCACCUUGCUAAGGGCCAGAGGAUGCUGGCAGGGGAUGGCAUGUCCCAGGUUACAAAAAACCUGCUGGACCUCACCCAGAGGAGGAACUUCUAUGCUGGUGACCUUCUGUCUUCCGUGGAGAUCCUUCGCAAUGUGACGGAGACCUUCAAGAGAGCCAGCUAUGAGCCAUCUUCAGAUGAUGUGCAAAACUUCUUUCAAAUCAUCAGCAACCUCCUGGAAGAGGAAAAUAAGGAGAAAUGGGAAGACGCGCAAAAGAUCUAUCCCGGAGCAGUGGAGCUCAUGCAGGUCAUAGAGGAAUUCAUCCACAUCGUUGGAUUGGGCAUGAAGGAUUUUCACAAUGCCUAUUUGAUGACUGGGAACCUGGAGGCGCUCAAGUUCAGCAUCGCUGAUCCGCCUGCCUUGGCUUAG